AUGGAGGAGAGUGGACCGACCGAGCCCAAGGAGCCGAAGGCGAAGCUUAAGGCCAGUAAGGCAUCCAAAAAAUCGAAGAAAGGGAAGGAGGAGAAGGACUUUGGCUUGACCUCGGUCAUUGGGAAUGGCCAGCAGCCCGACGAAGCCGAGGGAAACGAGGAGAUCUUCACCGAGACUGAGACCUCGCCAAGCCCUUUGCACAUGAGCCCAGGCACCAGGCCUUCGGAUCUCAAGGAUGGUCAGCUUUUGGCUGAUUUGGAGAGUUCCGAGAUGGAGACCGAAGAGCCAAACCCGCCGAUGGAGCCCGCGGCCAGUGCUGCGGCCAUCGCAGGUGGAGCGUCAAAGGAAGAGGAUCUCGAUGAGUUGCGGAAGUUGUUCAAAGACGUGGAGAAGGGUCGCGUUUGGGACGAUGAAGACCAUGGAGGCACCAUUCUACUGAAUUUUCUUGUAUUUUCUUGUGCCGAUCACGGAAACCAGAAAUUUUGA